AUGUUGAAUCUUAAAAACAUACUAAUCUUCCUCAUAAUUUUCACCUCAAGUUGUCACUCAACAUACAUCAAAACCGAUGAAAUGAUUGUCAAUGAACCUCCAUCAGAAUCUGAACCUACCGAAAGACUUCCAACAACAACAAUUAAUAUUAAAGACAUUCUCGAUGGAAUUGUCAAAGAAGAAUCACAGAGAGUUGAGGAAUUAAAAGCAAUGUUCACUGAAAAUGAUUCGAUUCCACAAUCAGCAGAAGCGUCUAUUUCUAAAGAACUUAACUCUGAUGAGACAAAGCCAAUUUUCACAGGAGACGUUUUUGAGAUUCAUUUGACAAUUAAGCACAACUGGAGUGACGAUUUUGUGGAUCCAAAAUCAAAGAAAUUUACAGAUUUAUCAAAAUUAAUCGACACAGAUUUGAUCAGUUUUUUCGACAAUCAACUAAACAAAGAUAAUUCAAUAAAGCGAGGAAGCUUCAUGCUCAAAAAUGUUCUACCAAGUUCCACGGAUAGUUACAUUUAUGUAACGUUCAUUGCUGAGUCUUCUGAAAAUGUUACAGGACAGAUUAUGUACGAAAAGAUUGAAAAUUGGUUGCUACUUUACAACAAGUUUUAUGAGCUGGAAUUUUUAAGUAACGGUUUUGAAUUUAAGGCAUUGACAAAUGAAGAAUUGAAGAAAUUCGAUGGACAUAUUGAAUGUGACAAUCAAUUCUGCAAUCCAACACCAGAACAGUCCACAAAAGCUUCAAACCUUUUCCCAAAAGAAUCAGAAACAACAGAAGAACUUCCUGAACUUUUACUUCAAUCCGCAUCAACAGAAGAGUGCAAACCAAAUGAAAAAAUCAACCGAGGAUCAACAUCAAUUUACAUCUUUGACAAUAAUCAUGAAUGUGUUGAUAACGUGAAGAAACGAUCACUUUUGUCAAACUCGCAGCAAUGCAGUGGAGCUUCUCAGAAUAGAGACAUUGAAAACGAAUCGUCGAAUGGAAGUGAAAACUAUGAUGAAUUAGUGGUCGCAGCUAGUGAAAAUUAUCCUCAAACUAGUAAAGUUGAUGAUGCUAAAGAUGAUGAAGUUAUUGUUGUGGUGCGAAAGCGUGGAGAUAAAGUGUUUAUUGAAAUUUAAAAU